UAAGAUGGCGAGAAGGGCUGGCAAACGGGGGGCGUUCGAUAGCGCAGCGCUCGGCGCGGCGCCCUGAACGCGUGCGCAGGGGUUGUGAGCGCGGAGCGAUCGAUCGGGCAGGAUUCGCACCUCCAUUUUUCUAGGAGACACCUGGGCACCGAGAGAGCCGAACUAGCGGCUUGCAGGGAAAUUGCCUCCAAGUAUCUCCAAGAUGUACAGAACCAAAGUGGGCUUGAAGGACCGCCAGCAGCUCUACAAGCUGAUCAUCAGCCAGCUGCUCUAUGAUGGCUACAUCAGCAUCGCUAACGGCCUCAUCAACGAGAUCAAGCCGCAGUCUGUCUGUGCGCCUUCGGAGCAGCUCCUGCAUCUCAUCAAGCUAGGAAUGGAAAAUGAUGAUACUGCAGUUCAGUACGCGAUUGGUCGCUCAGAUACAGUCGCGCCCGGCACAGGAAUCGACCUGGAAUUUGAUGCAGAUGUCCAGACUAUGUCCCCAGAGGCUUCAGAGUAUGAAACAUGCUACGUCACCUCCCAUAAAGGCCCGUGCCGGGUUGCCACCUACAGUAGAGAUGGGCAGUUAAUAGCCACCGGCUCUGCCGACGCGUCCAUAAAGAUCCUGGACACAGAGAGGAUGCUGGCCAAGAGCGCCAUGCCCAUAGAGGUCAUGAUGAACGAGACUGCGCAACAGAACAUGGAAAACCACCCCGUGAUCCGGACGCUCUACGACCACGUGGAUGAAGUCACAUGUCUCGCUUUCCACCCAACGGAACAGAUCCUGGCCUCUGGGUCCAGGGACUAUACGCUCAAGUUGUUCGAUUACUCCAAACCGUCAGCAAAAAGAGCCUUCAAGUAUAUUCAGGAAGCUGAAAUGCUGCGGUCCAUCUCCUUUCACCCUUCGGGAGACUUCAUACUGGUUGGGACUCAGCACCCCACGCUUCGGCUUUAUGACAUCAACACGUUUCAGUGUUUCGUCUCUUGCAACCCUCAAGACCAGCACACCGAUGCCAUCUGCUCUGUGAAUUACAAUCCCAGUGCCAAUAUGUACGUGACUGGCAGCAAAGACGGCUGCAUCAAGUUAUGGGAUGGCGUGUCAAACCGAUGUAUCACCACGUUUGAAAAAGCACACGAUGGCGCUGAAGUCUGUUCUGCCAUUUUUUCCAAAAAUUCUAAAUACAUCCUCUCGAGUGGAAAAGACUCUGUAGCCAAACUCUGGGAAAUCUCAACAGGACGGACACUGGUCAGAUACACAGGCGCAGGCCUCAGCGGACGGCAGGUGCACCGGACGCAGGCCGUCUUCAACCACACCGAGGACUACGUGCUGCUGCCGGACGAGAGGACCAUCAGCCUCUGCUGCUGGGACUCGCGCACGGCCGAGCGCCGGAACCUGCUCUCCCUGGGCCACAACAACAUCGUGCGCUGCAUCGUGCACUCGCCCACCAACCCCGGCUUCAUGACGUGCAGCGACGACUUCAGGGCGCGCUUUUGGUACCGGAGGUCCACCACGGACUAGAGCCGCCGGCGCCCGGGCCCUGGGCUGCCCCCCGGCCCCACGGUCCGUAGUAAGUCGCUGCCCCGUCUCCGGCCCCCGCGCUGCCACCUCCGCGUCCUUCGCGGACGGUGCAGAGGCUCUUUCUACCUGGAUGUGGAGUCACGGUGGGAAGUGGGACCGCAGCCGCUCGUUCUGCCCGCGCCGUACGGCAGCGCUGCGCCGAUUCUGUAAAUGCCGGACUUGCUGUUUCUCUGGAAUUUCUCAAUCACUUGAAGAAGCGUAAAGCAUUAAAGUGCUUUCUAGACCUCAGGGGGUCUGUCGUGAGGAUUUCAUUGGUGGUGCUGUCCACUUGCGAUCCUGUUCUGCGCCCUUCCUGCUCAGGAUGCAUCCUAGCAGGUGGCAGGGCGCACAGCUCGGGAAUCGGGAGCUCGGUGCCUGGAACGCCUUUGGGAGAGUCUGUGGAUUCCGCCCUAGGCGCCGUCCUGCCAGAAAGCUCAGGCUGCGACCUGGUGUCACACAGUUUCCACGUCAGUAGCAUGAGUGGCUAGUUCCCUGCAGUCAGGAGUGUGGCUUCACGCCCAUGCCCACGCCGUCCUCGCUGCGAGCCUCGCUGGCUGCGGUAGGCGGUUGCUGGGUGACGUGAUCCCUUUGCUGGGUGCGCCGCGGGUGCACCUGUCUGACUGGGAGGCCUGGCGCCCCCAGGUGUGCUCGCUUCAGGAAGACCACCGCGCACAGACUGUCCUGUGUCGUGCUAAAUCUUGUUUUUCCUGUUUUGGUGAGAACGGUAGCUGCUCCUCGGAGAUGCGAGGGACAGCCAUGCUGUCUGAGGUUUCUGCACUCAUCCGGCUGACACGGGUUGCUUGUCUUUUUUUAAAUCUCCUUAGGAAGCAGCCACCUCUUCAUCUGUGUCAGUGGACCCUGGAUUCCCUCACCAAUAUAACCUUCAGUUUAUGCUUAGCCCCAAGUCCACAUACCUCAUUCUCUAGGUGGAAGCACCUAGAAAUAUAAUCUGGGGUCGUUAGAUAGAGAUUUAAAUUAAGGUUACAGUGAUUGCUCUACCCUACAGGGGCCUUGAAGCCUUCUUGAGGUUACAGUGGGGGGCACUUGAGGUCUUGGGUCUAGAAGCCACUUGAAGCACUCGUGACGGGUUAAAAUAAAAGUUCAGGUUUUUAAAGAACUACCUUUUGGCCAUCGUGAGUUUCAACUUCAUUUUGUGUUAAAUUCAGUGCUUGAACUUGGCCGUCUGUUGAAAACUGAAAGGUGCCGUUGCCUAGGAACAAGGACCACCGCUUCACCAAAAAUGCUGCCCGGAAAUCUUGCCUUCAGCCUGACGCCGUGAGGCAGGGUGCCCCCUGUUCUGCCUGGCCCCAGCCCCACGGCCACCUGGGCUCCUGACAGUCCGUUGGGCCCGUGACUGGCUCAUCCUGCCGGCAACGCCUGCCGCUCACGGGGGCGGCGCAGCGGGGGACCCGCAGCGUACGCCGUCGGAGCCUCGGCGUCCCCUAAACAGACCUCCUCUUUCUCUCUUUUCAAAGUCACGUUGAUACCUGGCCUGGCGCACGCGGGUAUGGUCCUCGGGCCGACGCCCCUCUGGCCCGCGCCGCACGGGCCCUGGGGUUCACGCGGCAGAGACUUUCCAGGCAGGCCGAGGCUGACGACUGCUGUGUUUUUUUAAGAUACGUGAUUUCUAAAAUAAAC